AUGUUUCGCGCCCCGCAGAAUUCUUUUGAUGAUGCCGUCGCCAAGGCGACGGACGAGAAUUUGACUUCGGAGAAUUGGGAAUACAUCCUGGACGUUUGUGACAAAGUGUCUGCGGAAGAGACUGGAGCGAAGGAUGCCGUCGCGGCAUUGAUCAAGCGGCUGGCGCAUCGGAACGCCAAUGUGCAGCUUUAUACUCUGGAGCUCGCAAACUCGCUGUCACAAAAUUGCGGUCCCAAGAUCCACCGCGAGCUGGCCUCGAGAAGCUUCACCGAUGCGCUUUUGCGCUUGGCAGCUGAUCGCAACACCCAUCAGCAGGUGAAAUCGAAAAUCUUGGAGCGCAUGCAAGAAUGGACGGAAAUGUUCUCCUCAAAUCCAGAUUUUGGUAUUAUGGAGCAGGCGUACAUGAAGCUCAAGACUCAAAGUCAGUUUUCUCUGCAAUACUUUGCACGCGCAAGCGGCUUUUUGACCAAUAUCUCUCAAACAGACCCAAACCUUCAACCUCCGUCGAAACCCGUCAAGAGCGCCAUGACCGAUAUCGACAGACAGAAGGAAGAGGAGGAGCUGCAGAUGGCCUUGGCCCUUUCUAUCAAAGACAAACCAUCAGCGACAUCAGCCCAAGCUGAAUCUUCGUCCUCGGCGGCAGUAAACUCUCCCUCCGUCGCUACUCCGGCCGCGACCAAUGUGACAGACGCUGCUGUUUCUCAACCAGUACCCUCCGGCACUUCCGCCGCUACUGUAUCGCGAGUCAGGGCAUUGUUCGAUUUCCAGCCUUCUGAGCCUGGUGAGCUCCAGUUCCGAAAAGGCGACAUCAUCGCAGUCCUCGAAUCGGUUUACAAGGACUGGUGGAAGGGGUCUCUUCGCGGACAAACCGGCAUUUUCCCUCUGAACUAUGUCGAGAAGCUCCCCGAUCCCACUGUGGAUGAACUGCAGCGCGAGGCUCACAUGGAAGCCGAGGUAUUUGGUCAGAUCAAGAACGUGGAGAAGCUUCUCACGUUGUUGAGCACACGAAGCUCGGAUCUGAAUGUCCAGGAAAAUGAGGAGAUUACCACGCUUUACCACUCCACUCUAGCCAUUCGACCUAAGCUGAUUGAGCUCAUCGGGAAGUACUCUCAGAAGAAAGACGAAUUUACGCAAUUGAACGAGAAGUUCAUUAAAGCUCGUCGCGACUACGAAUCGCUCCUGGAAGCCUCGAUGGCUCACCCACCCCAAUCCCAGUACGGGCGUCCUUCUCAGCCACCAUAUGGCUAUCCCGGUGCGGCUCCAGCUGGUUAUCUUUCGGGCGCCCCUCAUGGAGGCCCUCAACCGGACCAGCGUUUCUUCACUCCUCGGCCACAAGGUCAGUCACAACUCAGCCCGGUUCACUAUGGGCAAUUACUGAUGGAACAUCCAGACUCUCAACCCCCCCAGCCGCCACCAAACGCAUUUUAUGGUGCAGAGCAGUCCAUGCCCUAUCGACCGGCAUCUCAGUCUCCGGACCCGCGUGCCCAAUUCGCUGGUACUGCUCAACCUGAACCGUAUCAGCCAGUUCAUCAUCGUCCUCAGUCCACAUAUGACUCCCCACAAGAACUCGGUACAUCGAUCUACGACUCGCCCGUUGAGCCUUCAGGGUCUGCCAACCAGCGCCCAUCUUUCUCAGGGCCCGGUCCAGCUCCUCCAACUGGCCACCAACAAUUCCAGCAACAGCCACCGCCCCAAGAAUACAAUUCUACAGGGUAUCCGCCUGAGGACCCAGCACAGCCAGCAUCUACACCCGGAAUGAACCCACAAGCGCAGCACCAGUAUUCGGCUCCACCGCACCAGAGCCAGCAAGCUCCUUAUCCAAGCUCCCCAUCGCACCAACAAGCGCCGCCCUCUCACCAGCCGCCCCCCAUCCCUGGUUCUACGCCUCAGCCUACUCAAUAUGCUGCUUUUAACCCAGCACCGUCAGCUCCGCCAUCUGGAGAGUACCAGGCUUACCAGCCUUCGCAGCCUGGCGCGCCUGUCUCGAACCCUGCUUCCUUCUACCGUUAA